UGCCACAUUUCUCAUACCGGUAACAUUCCAGCUACUCCAUUCCUUUGUUUACGGCGUCUUCACAGAAAUGGAGGUUCCGUGAUGCUUGCGGACACUGAUGCUUGCCCAAACUCGCCAUAGCCGGUAUCUUCUUGAUUCAGGACUGAUUGGUUGGAACAGAGGAACAAAGACUAAGCAACUACUAUGAAUAGACACAGGCUUGUAAGAAGAUUAGAGCGUCGAGGAGAGAUAAUUCAACAACGUGCCAUUGCCAAUCCUAACCAGCAGCUAGCCGUCUUGGAUGAAGUGAUGCUGGCCUUUGAGCAGAACGCUGCAGUGGCCGGCCACAGGUCUCGCAUGUUUGCGGGUCAUCCAGACACCCUGAUCGAUGUUCCGUUUUGCAAAGGAAAGAUUAGCCAGCUGAGGUCGGAGCUCAAAAACAAACGCAAAUUUCUCUUCAAAGGAAAGCCGCAACCGUCUCUGAAAAGAAAGAUGAUUCGUUACGUGUUCGAAAAUCAGGGAAGAUUGUGUGACUAUCCGCAUCUUUUCAAGUCAGUCCUGUCGCCAGAAAUGAACAUGGAUCUGCUGAAGGAACUGCUGCUAAACAGGCCAGCGAUGAACUCACCUGUCUACUUUGAUUUCCUGAUGUGUCUGCUGAACGAGAACACAAAGUACUUUGACGGCUUGCUUGCUCCGAACGCGGUGAACGUUGACGCAGUGUACCAGCGCCUUCGAGAAAAAUGCCACAAUCUGAGGUACAUUCACCUGGGACCAACCUCCCCGGCAGACCUGAUCCACCAUCCGAAUCUUACGGGACUUGUGUCUCUGACUUUCACGGCAAUGGCGUUUGAUGACUACAAGCUGAGAAGUAUCUCAAGAAUGACUGAUCUAACACAUCUCAACAUAAGGCUUUGCCGUGAAGUCACUGAGUACGGUAUAUCCACACUCUCGACUCUAACCAAGCUGCAGGAGCUUAAGUACAUUGUUGAGAUCUCUUUAACUUCUCGGCAACAAAACCUGAGUGAGCGCUACGCCGUGCUCUUCUUCAAGUACAUUCCGCACGCUAACAUAGUGUUGACUGAUGACACGGAGUACAACAAUACGUCUUAUGCACUGUGGGCCUACUUCAGGCAAAACCCGGUGAGACAGAUGGGACAGAGGGGUCUCCGUCUGGUCGACAUCACUGACCAGCACCGCGAACUGGGCGCAAUCCUUCCUGAGAUAGAGGUGCUUCACAUUGACAACAAAUUCCAGGAGUUCACUCAAGAGACUGCAAUGCCGCUUAUGGAUUUUAAACAAUUAUCAGAGAUCUACUUCAGGAAUUGUUCAGUCCAUCUAUGCCACAAAUUCUUCUCUGAGUACCAGAAUCAACUGGUUGAGCUAACCAUAAAAAACUGUCGCCAAUCUGAGUCCGGCUUAGACCUGGGCCUGCUUUUCUUCAACUGUCACAACCUGAAGAAAAUUAGCAUCGAGAGCAAAUUUGCGCAAGAGACCAGCUACGAAUUGAAACAAGCCUACUUCAACGCGCUGGAGUGUGCCACCCUGGUAGGCGAGGAGAAGAUGCAACCCCCUGAAGAUAUUUGCGGCUUGAUGUUGCUGAGCCCUAACUUGGUCAGGUUCUCGAUCACUGCUGAUCUGAUCAAUGUGUUGGACCGUAUGGAGGACCAAUUCGAGCUGCCCCAAUUACAAUCGUUGGGUUUCUUGAUACAGUGCGAGAAACCUGACGAUGAAACCAACAUCGUCCUUCAAAACAGUAUGCUCAAGCUGUUGUUUAACUCUCCCAAGUUGGAUAGGUUGUCAGUGAUGUUCCUUAAAUCGCCCAUGGCACUGCGUACGUGCACUCCAAUCAAAAAUAUGUGCGAAAGCAUAAUCAAGGUUGAUUUUCAUUGCUGAUAUUGAGGAGCUUCAAAUGGAGAUGCCCAUUUCAGGAAAAAAGACCCUUGCAUGAUUUAAGGUCCUUUUAUUUGAACACUUAACAUAUAAUUCAUAAAAUUAGCCCGUGCAUGCUGGAGAAGUACAUACCAACAAGUAGCAAAUAGGAAGAUAUUGCAAUCCUGUCAAAUUCUUGACCGUUAAACAUUUGUACUAGCCUUGUGUAAAUAUACCUUGUCUUUCCACUGUUUUAAAAUAUUCUGGAAUCAUUAAUAGAUGGAGAAGUUGUUUUAUAUAAAAAAAUUAAAAAAAUCAUCACGAAGCAGUGAAACGUGCUUUGUAAUAUUUCAAUGAUUUUUUUUUGCAAAGUAAAUUCUGGAUACAACCUAUCGCAUAUAGAACACGAUAAAUUGUUUGUUGGUACUCAAUCAUUUAGUUAUUAUUUUCCACUUAAAUUUAAUUACGUUUGCAAUUUUUAAUUUACUCAGCCACCCAUAGACUGAUUUAUACGUCAUGUAAUCGAAGAGCCAAACUAACCAUGUAAAAAGCUCUUUCUCACAGCUCUUUGGUGGAGUACAAUUUGAAUUAAAACCAAAGAAACCGGUUCCUUAAAAUACACAAAAACUCGCUGCUGUUUUGAGAAUAAUGUGCUAUGAACCUGGGAAACGGUUUGCGCUGUAGACUGAAAGAAUAAUGAAAACUUCAUUCCAUUAAUGAUGUGUAAUUUGUAAUAAAGACAACAUUGAAAGUAA